AAAAAAUUUAAAACAAAUAAAAUAUUUUUUGCAGGGUCUUGGUUUUAUGUACGGCAGUGGAAUUGGUUUGACUUCUAGCCAAUCCAAAGCUCUCAUCUACCUCACGUUUUCAGCACUUGGAGGCGACGCAAUGGGGCGAAUGAUGCUCGGUUACCGAUACUGGGCCGGAAUUGGAGUUUCUAAAAAUUGCGAAACUGCUUUAACUUAUUAUAAAAAAGUAGCUGAAGAAGUUGCUUCAAAAGUAACAUUAGCUGGCGGGCCGAUGGUUAGUAGGGUUCGACUGAUUGAUGAAGAAGAGAACCCUAGCACCACUAGUGGCAGAGUUGACGAUGAUUUAAUACAAUAUUACCAAUUUCUUGCCGACAAAGGAGACGCACCUGCUCAGGUUACACUGGGCCAGCUUUACUACCAAGGUGGGCGAGGAUUUGAACAAAACUCGAGAAAAGCUUACGAAUACUUCAGUAAAGCUGCUGAAGCCAGUAAUGCUAAUGGUCAAGCUUAUCUGGGAAAAAUGUUUGCAGAGGGUUCGGAGAGCAUUCGACAAAAUAAUCAAACGGCAUUGAAAUAUUAUAAAAUGGCAGCAGACCAGGGCAACCCAAUAGGACAAGCAGGGUUAGGUCUCAUGUACUUCUAUGGGAAAGGGGUUCUAGUUGAUCAUGAAAAGGCUCUUAUGCAUUUCAAAUCAUCUGCAGACCAGGGGUGGCCAGAAGGCCAACUUCACCUGGGAAACAUGUAUUUUCAUGGACACGGUGUAAAAAGGGAUUAUAGCAAGGCUGUCCAGCUGUUCAACCUUGCUGCACAGAAUGGUCACUUGUUGGCGCUAUACCACCUCGGCCGAAUGCACGCCACUGGUGUUGGUGCUGUGCGCUCAUGCAGAACUGCUGUUGAGCUUUAUAAGAAUGUGUGUGAGCGUGGAAGAUGGGCCACACAGUUUGAUUCGGCAUACUCGCAGUACAAAGCUGGCAAGACCAAUUCUGCACUAGCCAUUUAUAUGAUGUUGGCUGAGCUUGGAUAUGAAGUAGCACAGAGUAAUGUUGCUCAUAUACUUGACCAAGGUUUGUCAACUCUUGUGUUAAACCAAACAUAUGCAAGAGCAUUGCUACAGUGGGACAGAGCUGCUUCACAAGGUUACGCCAUUGCCCGUAUUAAACUUGGUGAUUAUUAUUACUAUGGUAAAGGUACUGAGAUUGAUUAUGAAGCAGCUGCUGGUCAUUAUAAAAUCGCAAGUGCUGAUAAGAACGCACAAGCAACUUUCAACCUUGGUUACAUGCAUGAGAGAGGGUUGGGUCUUAAACAAGAUAUCCACUUGGCCAAGCGACAUUACGAUCAAGCUGCUGUUAACAGCCCUGAUGCCGCUGUUCCCGUGACCAUGGCAUUGAUUAAAAUAGGAUUUCUAUACGCUCUUGAGUUUAUACAGAAUCAACGUUGGAUUUCCGUUGUUGGCAAGUCUUCAUAUUUUCCUCAAGUUACUGAAAACUGGGACGUUUAUCUUAUUCUAAUACUCGCAUUCAUGCUUGCUUUUACCGUCGCCUUCCGACGUCAUCACAGGUGACGUCAUGAUGAUGACGUCAACAACGGUUAACUGUGCCGCUCUCUUAUAUAUAGGGAUUACAUUUAUAUAUAGGGUGUAACUUUUUCGUAUUUGUGUUGAGCUAUACUGACCUUACCACACGGCCUACUAGAGAUAUGUCUUUAUUUGGCCGUGGUGCGCAUUACUGUAUAGUAGGUUGGGGUAAGAUGGGACACCUUUUAUUCCAUUUCUCGUCCCAUUUAGUAGUAAACAAAGAAUGUUCAAAGAAUUAUAUAAAACUAUAUCUUCACGACUUAAAUAGACCGUUGUUAAUUGUUUAUAACACGAUCCGGAUGUUUGGAUAUUAUGUUUUAUAGGUGUUCCAUUUUACCCCACUGUAUAGCUCUUAGUUGAGCCGGAAGUGACGAGUCUUUUAUUGUUUCACCAAUUUUCUUGCUGGGUGGGAGACGAUUCAAUGCUUACAAUUUUAUUUUCUUUAUUCGGGGAUCUUAAGGUUAUUACUAUAGUGCAAUGAGCAUGAAAUAAAUUGUUUUUUACUUCAAA